GGUAACUUCAACUAUAAAAUAUUGUUAUUAUCCGCUUGAAUUGAAUAUUAAUGUAAUAGAAAACUUAACUCAUCACCGUCUUGGACUCCGUGUCUUGUAAAAGAUGGUCGUUGGGAUAAUUUUGGGUAAAUUACUCAUACAUAACUACAAUACCCAGCAGCCCCAAUUCUGUUACGUCACCAGAGGUAAACAUGGCUGUCCUAGGAACACUGUCAAGAAUUGCCAGAAUAGGCUCCACUUUUUGUCGAAACCGCCCUUUAAUAUUGACUAAAAGCUCGCAGAGACGGGGAAUUGUUUCAUGCAUCGACCCCUCUCAUGGACUCACAGAUGAACAGAAAGAGUUUCAGAAAGUGGCCUUUGACUUUGCAGCCAAUGAAAUGGCUCCACACAUGGCGGAGUGGGACCAAAAGGAAGUCUUCCCCGUAGAGACGAUGCGGAAAGCAGCCCAGCUGGGGUUUGGUGGGAUCUACGUUCAGCCAGACGUUGGAGGAUCAGGUCUUUCUCGGCUGGACACGUCCAUCAUCUUUGAGGCUUUGUCCACCGGAUGUGUGAGCACCACCGCCUACAUCAGUAUCCACAACAUGUGUGCCUGGAUGAUCGACACCUUCGGCAACAACGAGCAGAGGGAGAAGUUCUGUCCCGAUCUCUGUUCCAUGGAAAAGUUUGCCUCCUAUUGUCUCACUGAACCAGGCAGUGGGAGUGAUGCCGCCUCCCUCUUCACCUCUGCACAGAAGAAGGGCGACCACUACAUCCUAAACGGCUCAAAGGCCUUCAUCAGUGGAGGAGGAGACACAGACGUGUACGUUGUGAUGUGUAGAACAGGAGUGAAAGGACCUAAAGGCAUCUCCUGUGUUGUGGUGGAGAAGGGAACGCCGGGUCUCAGCUUCGGCAAAAAGGAGAAGAAGGUGGGCUGGAACUCUCAGCCCACCAGGGCGGUGAUCUUUGAGGACUGUGCCGUUCCAGUGGCCAACCGGCUCGGCUCCGAAGGACAGGGCUUCAACAUCGCCAUGAAAGGUCUGAAUGGAGGUCGCAUUAACAUCGCUUCCUGUUCUCUCGGGGCGGCACACGCCAGCGUGUCGUUGGCGAGGGAUCACAUGCUGGUGCGGAAGCAGUUUGGAGAGGCGCUCGCCAACAACCAGUAUCUUCAGUUCAAACUGGCAGAAAUGGCCACUAAGUUGGUGGCGUCUCGUCUUCUGGUGCGUGAAGCCGCAAAGGCUCUGCAGGAGAACCACCCCGACGCCGUUUCCCUCUGCUCCAUGGCCAAGCUCUUCGUGACAGACGAGUGUUUUAAUAUCUGCAACCAGGCCCUUCAGAUGCACGGCGGCUACGGUUACCUGAAGGACUACGCCGUGCAGCAGUUUGUGCGUGACAUCAGAGUGCACCAGAUCCUAGAGGGAACCAACGAGGUGAUGAGGAUGAUCAUCUCCAGAAAUCUGCUGGCGGAGUCCUGAUGAAUUUCCUUUACUGGAUCUUCAAGUCCUGAACUUUCCUUCAGCAUCGUAGUUUUUAUUCAAAUGUGGUCAAAGCAUUCAUGCUGCUAUUUUCUACACUUUGUUGAACCCGUUGUGUCGACGUGGCUUCUAUGAUUGAAUGUGGUAAAAUAAAAGGUAAAAUAAAAGUAACAGGUUUCUAAAAACACAGAUUCUUGUUCUAAAAUGGCAUUUUGUCACAAACCAUGCAGCCGAAUCCGGCUCAGACUGUUCAAAUGACCGCUGAUGCCUCAGAAAAAUGCAGCUGUUGGACUUGUACUGCUCGGGUUCUUCAGUUGAAAGCAUCUUAAAGUUAAGCUGUUGUAGCAGCAACACUUGAACACAAACAUCGACUGUAUAUGAGAGCUGGACUGAGUGCGUGUGACAUCACCCAUAGAAAGUACCAACCGAAUGAAGUCACUUCAGUCGCUGCCAUGUUGGAACCAGAAAUCCUCAGUAAGCAGUGAUUGGUCCAAGUCAAUGUUUCUAUGGUAACCACUCCCAUCACUCAUAGGAGUGAGCUUGGUGGACCACAGCCCUACGCUUAAAAGCAGGCUUCAUCUGUCAAAUGGUUUGGAGGUUUGACAUGAGACCACACAUUUUAUUGAGACAUCUGUUUAGGAUGAGAGUAAGAAUGGUUAGUCUGACAAAAAGAAUGACAGAGUAAUAGUCGUUUAUUUCUCAGAAGUCUAUGGGAUUUUGGUUUCUUGGAGCCAACAGGUACUUCCUGUUUGGAACGUGCAGGGGGAGGGGUCACUCAGUCCAGUUCUCAUAUACCAGGAGUCUCAGACUUCAGGUCGGGUAUCCAGCUGGUUUUUAUAAAUCCUGACUCAUCUGCUGCCGAUUACCUGGAUCAGGUGUGUUUGGUCAAUAAUAUAGCAGAUUAGUUGGAGUUUGAGAUCUGUCAUAUACAGUCAAUGCAAAAAAAAAAAAAAAA